AUGAGCAACCUCAUCUCCUGCGUAUCAUGGGUAAAACGCGGCGUUUCAGCGAAGCAGCCUUCCAAGUAUGUACUCGACGAGAAGGAACUCGAGCGCGUCAGCGCCCUCGCACGCAUUGAGCUCGAGGAUGCCCGGAUAGAGCUUGAGCGCGCGCAUAAUGCUGCAAAAAGUAUGGGAAAGGGCGCGGAGGGCGCUGAGGCGGAUGAUGCGGAUGAGGAUGAUGCAUGGGUCGACGAGGAGGAUGUGUCGAUGGAGGUGUCGAUGGAGGUGGAUGGUGAUGUUAAAGUUGAUGAUGUACCUGCGAAGGGGGAUGAUCUUGCGCAAUAUAAGUUGGAUGAAUAUGACGAGGACGACGUAAAAGAAGAUGGCAUGGGUCCAUUCAGCAACAUCAAAGGACUGACAUUCUACAGAGAUAACCAAGACGAUCCAUACAUCACACUCAAAGACGAUCCUGAAGACGACGAGCGUUCAGAACUCGAAGUCCUCUCAACAGACAACCUUCUUGUCACCGCCAAAACCGAAGACGAUGUCUCCCAACUCGAGAUCUACGUCUACGACGAAUCCCAAGACAACCUCUACGUCCAUCACGAUCUCAUGCUCCCCAACUUCCCCCUCUGUCUCGAAUGGCUUGAUUUCCCACCCACAUCCUCCUCAUCUUCAGAUGACACCCCACCAAAAUUCGGCAACUACAUCGCCGUCGGGACUCUCGAUCCUGAAAUCGAGAUAUGGUCAUUAGACGUCAUGGAGAGCAUGUAUCCCGACAUGGUCCUCGGUAGACCUGACAAAACAGCCGCUCACGUACCAGUCCCUGCAGGAACAGGUAAAAAAAAGCGCAAAAGGACAAAACACCGUCCUUCUUCAGACGCAUACCAUGUCGACGCUGUCCUUGGUCUCUCAUGGAACCGUACACAUCGACACAUGCUCGCGAGCGCGUCUGCGGAUCGUACCGUGAAGCUAUGGGAUUUGUCUCGUCCGGUGGUGGAUGGCGAGGGUGCGAUAAGGAGCUUUGGGGUGCAUAAGGAUAAGGUGCAGGCUGUGCAGUGGAAUGAGAAAGAACCGACGGUAUUGUUGUCUGGGGGUUAUGAUAGGACGGUACGCGUGUUUGAUUCUAGGGCUCCGGAUACGGGCGUCGGGGCGGUGCUUGGUGCUGAUGUUGAGGCUUUGCGAUGGGAUCCUUGGGAAACCCAUGCUUUCUAUGUCUCGUUAGAAAAUGGUCUCGUACUCAACUUUGAUGCACGCACGCUUCCUACAGAUCUUAAAUCCCCAUCGCCUGCACGGUUCACGCUCUCAGCUCAUGAUGGCGCCGUAUCGGCCCUGGACGUAAGUCCGUUGCUGCGCGGUUGUAUAUGCACUGGAGGGACGGACAAACUCGUCAAAGUUUGGAACGUGGACCAGACUGCUGGAGGCAAACCGUCUGUGAGCAUGGUUGCGUCGAGGGACAUGGAAGUGGGCAAAGUCUUUUCGGCGGUGUUUUCGCCAGACGACCCUCUCACGAUCGCUGCAGCUGGAUCUAGAGCAAAACUACAAAUAUGGGACGUUGGCGCCAACUCCGGCGCGCGGAGAGCAUUCGCGUCAAAGCUCAGCGAAGCCGGACGAGUUCUGAAGGAGAAAGAAGGCGCAGGGUUAGUCGGCCUCGUCAACGAUGAAGAAGCGAGCGAGGAUGAAGGGGACGAGGAUGACUGA